ACGAGUAUCUGCGUUUCCACGAAGUGCUCGGUGCAAUGGAUGAAAGCGGAGCAGCCGGUCCAUGUAUAUCGGAACUCGGACGAGUAUUUUCCUUCUCGGCCAUUUCAGCGUGCUGGACUUCGUUGAUCAGAGACUGCGUCAGACAUCGAAGGCAAUGUGCGAUCUGUCCUCUCUCUCAUCUUCUUCGCCACAAAUAUCUCCCCGACGUCCUUGUCCCAUCGGCGUCCCAGUCAACCGUCCCACAGCGUAUCCGCUCGGCCAUGAAGCCCUUAGCACGCUCUCCGUCAAUCACGAGGUCUGCCUGCUCGAUCCGGAGGAUGUCUACGGAUGCAGAUGCCGCAAUCUAGACGAGUCUCGACGAGCUUAGAAUCGAGCGGAAAGUAUUGUAUGUCUUCUUUCCUAUCGGAGCGGCUCAAAGUAAUGCGACCAGCGCUAUUGAAGCUCAUCACUUAGAUAUCUGGAAGCCCUACUUACAGUGACAGCGUUCUAAAUACCCCUCGAGUGCUUGAGUACCAGGUUCAUUCUUCUUCCCUUACUACCGCUCUUUCUCCGAUUCCGCGGCCAUAAUGGCCAGAAUUAUGUUCUAUCUGUUCUACUCACAUUCUCACCCGGUUGCUUCUACGGCAGUGUGAGAUUACUGUGCCUUUUCAAUCUAAUCGG